AUGGAUCUUGCGCCAGCUCCAGAUAUGAAGACUCCCGUCGUGGAGCUAAACGUGGUGGAGACAGGGGAUGCCAAACCAGCCGUCAUAGAGGAGUCCGCGUCCCCGGCGCAUGAGGGCAACAACGGCAGUGAUGAAUCUGCUGAUGAAUGGGAGUCUGAUUCUCUAUACGAAGAAGCGUUGCACUUCAUUCGGGAUGACCAACUCUCUUCUGUGCCAGACGCAUGCACGCCGCAAGAGGCAGCAGCCUACCGUAAGCUUUUACGCGACGUUGGCAAGGUCGCUUUUGUUGAGCAGACAAUCGGAAAGAAUACAAUAACCGCGAAAAAGCUCUUGACGGCCUUCGGUAUUGUUCCUCCCUCUUUCCUCGAGGAUGCGCCUGAUGAAGCCUACCAUCCAUUGCUGGGUCUUGUUAUUUCGCGAGAAUUCGCGAAACGUCAGAAAUUAGAUGAAUAUAACUCUAUUGAUGAUGCGGUGAACUUGCUCAAGAAAUCAAAAAAUGUCAUCGUCAUCACUGGUGCGGGCAUUUCUACCAGUCUUGGAAUUCCAGACUUCCGAUCAAAAGACACCGGUCUCUAUUCGCGGUUGGAGCACCUUGGGUUGAGUGACCCACAGGAGGUGUUCGAUAUCCAUCUGUUCCGUGAAGACCCAAGCAUAUUCUUCUCAGUUGCAAAAGACAUACUUCCUACGGAAAAGAACUUUUCUCCUACUCAUGCCUUUAUAAGGCUAUUGCAAGACAAGGGCAAGUUAUUGACAAACUAUACUCAAAACAUUGACAACAUUGAGGCCAAUGCAGGAGUUAGUUCCGACAAGAUCGUGCAAUGCCACGGGUCCUUUGCAACAGCAACAUGCACUAAAUGCGGGUUCAAAGUUCCAGGUGACGCUAUUUUCGACACUGUCAAAGCAGGCAAAAUUCCCGUUUGCAAACCCUGCAAGGAACAGAUUGCCUUGCGGCCACUGGCGUUGAAACGGAAGCGUAGUUCAAAUGGCCUUCAUAGUAAUCGCAAAAAGGGCUCGCUUGAUGAUGACUCGGAGGAGGAAGAUUAUGAUAUCCCCACUCCUGGUGUCAUGAAGCCCGAUAUAACCUUUUUCGGAGAGGAUCUUCCUGAUGAGUUCGGAAGGCGACUAGUCCACGAAGACCGAGAUGUGGCAGACCUGGUCAUAGUGAUUGGAACUUCCAUGAAAGUGGCACCUGUGGCCGAUGUUCCCAGCAUCAUACCUAGCACGGUGCCACAGAUAUACAUAUCACGCACGCCUGUAUCACAUAUCGGGUUUGAUAUCGAUUUGUUGGGAGAUUGCGACGUGGUCGUGUCGGAGCUUUGUCGAAAGGCUGGAUGGGAGUUGAAACAUAGCAUGAUACCCGAGGACCAAAAGAUUGAAGUCACUCAAGAAGAAGGCCGAGUAUUGUCGUUCGCACAGGCGCACGAGACAUUUCGUCAGGCGGAGAUUGAAGCGCUUGCCACACUGGCCGGCGUGGAUGUCGAGUUUGUGCUAUAUGAUAAAUAUUCACCAUUUUGCGUUGUCAAAUUUCCAGACGAUGAAUCUGCCCGCAAGGUAGUCUCUCGCAGUAUACUUGCGCAAGAUGUGUAUGAACUCUGGGGAAAAGGAGCAAACUACGAGGAAUUGCAUGCAGAUGUCAGGCGCAGGACAGAACGUCGUUGGCCAGACUACAAAGAUGUGUCAUUUCGCUUCCUCGUAGACACAUUUGCAAAUAAAAGAACACAGGCCGAGAAGAGAGAGAUUAUGGAGGGCUUCACAUAUUUGAAGUUCCAGGGGCCAAUUCUCAUGAAAAAUCCAGACGAGGACUUUGUCGUCUGUGAAGAUUAUGUGUCGUACGAUGAAAGUGUUGAUAGAGCAAAGGACACGCCUCUUCAGCAAAAUCAAAGUAUUGAAAAGGGACUCAAAAUUGUUUAUUUCGGUCGUUGGGUGUCUGCGAGUAGUCGCGAGCUGAUGGCUAAAUAUGACCUCAAAAGGAGGAAGUAUAUUGCUACGACCUCCAUGGAUGCGGAACUGUCUCUAGUCACAGCAAACAUGGCUCUGGCAGCUCCAGGCAAGAUCUUCUUUGACCCGUUUGUGGGAACUGGGAGUUUCCUUGUUGCAGCAGCCCACUUUGGGGCCAUGACGCUCGGUGCAGAUAUCGAUGGUAGGAGUUUCAAGGGCAAACACAGAAUCACCAAGGAAAUUCCUAUCGGGCUGCUCUCAAAUUUCAAGCAAUACGGCACCGAGAAUAAAUUUAUCGACGCUUUCACUUCAGAUCUCACAAACACGCCAAUACGUGAUGUCCCCUUUCUCGACGGAAUUAUAUGUGAUCCGCCAUAUGGGAUUCGCGAACCACUGAAAGUUCUGGGAACGCGAGGUGGACGACAAGCUAAGGAAGUAGAAUACAUUGAUGGCAAACCAGAUUAUACUCUACCGGGCUAUGUUCCUUCAAAGAAGCCGUAUGGCUUUAAUGCCUUGCAGCAUGAUAUUCUGGAUUUUGCAGCUCGAACACUCGUUGAAGGGGGCCGCAUAGCCAUGUGGAUGCCUACAGCUAAUGACCAGGAUGUGGAAAUGAUAAUUCCAACCCAUCCAUCGUUGAAAAUUGUCAGUGUGAGCGUACAACAAUUCCGUGGCUGGGCACGUCGUCUGCUCACUUAUCAAAAAUUGCCGGACGGAGAGGUAUCUUCUGAUUCCAAGAUAGCCUCUGUGACAGACGACCCGAAUGGUGUCACGGCCAAUGAACUGAACGAAUUCAGACGAAAGUAUUUUGCUCCAAAGAAUGCGGUUCAUGAUGAUAGCUCAAAAGCGCAGAAAGCAUAA